AUGCGUGCCAAGCACUCCCUGCAUAUGCCGUACCACCGGCUUACUCGCGGCCAGACGCGUCCUGGCCAGUCCAUUACAACAACGCUCCAGCCCGUCUUCAAAAUGGGCCAUGCACUCGCUCUCCCCACUCCUAUCAUUAUCGCCAUCAACUCACCCACGCCCACUGACUCGCCUUCCCCUGCUUCAUCCAACCAACUAUGGCUAAGCUUCCAACACGACCCCCUCAGCUUUGACCAAAUACAACGCUAUCCAUUUCACGCCUUGCUUGCCCACAAUUACUCCUCCUCGCCAUCGCCUCGUCAACAGCUGGCUACUUCUCUACCGACUCUGGCCUUCCACUACCCCGUCAUCGAGACCACCUCUGACAACCUAAAUUAUCUCGACAACCACACCGUUCGCAAAAAACACAACACAAGCCAACGUCAUCAUGUCAAAGAUGUCUUCGAGGUCUCGGAAACGCUCGCUCCCGCAGAUAAUCGCAACUAUACCUACCGGGGUACUACCGUUUCCAUCACUUGCAGCGGCUGGGACGGCGAUAAUGAGCGAGAAUAUGAUGGGGACCUCAUCGCAUAUUGCAGCUCGAUGGAAGUUCCACUUGAAAAUCAUUGCUAUGCGGUUAAGGCAAAGAUGAUACCGGGUACCGAAACCGCUGAUUACAAGUUGUAUUACGAGGCGGAUCAUAAGAUUUUGGUAGGAAAUUCUGACACAUUCGCUGGUGAGCUGCACAACAACACUUCAGCGUCUGGCUUCGGAACGGUCUCCUCCCGACGCGAACUGCCAGAGGCAGACAGUGACGAUGUUACACUAGCAUUUACCAUGAGCCAUGUUGACUAUAACCCCCAACUACGUGAGAACAUCGAGUUUGAAGUCGAGUACCGGAUUCGGCCAACAGUCAAAAUGAAAGCUUCCCAGGUGCUGAUUCAAGACGGGAAAGAGACAUUAGUACAUGGAUUCAUCGUCGAUUGGGACAACGAAGUAAACCGUUGGAUCGUCGAAGUGACGUCUUUAAAUGUGGCAAGCGGCCACGCGCCCACUACAAAGAAACGCAUAAACAGUGGGACUAAGGUGACGCCGACCGGGAGAGUGCGCCCUGCUAAUUUACAGACACGUUCCGACUUCUAG